AUGAUGCUACAAGCAGCCAAAGCGGUGAUCGAGAAAUGCACUACCCCUGAUAGUGCUCUUAAGGUGCUUGGUAGCCUUGAGAGGGGCCAUGAGCAUUUGCUAAAGAAGGCUGAAACACUGUAUGCCUCUCUCAAUGUUCAGGACAAAUUCCCAGAGCUCAAAGGGAUCAACUUGGAGUUUAACCUUAGAAUCAACACACGCAAGGGGGCAAUUAUUAUAGGUACAAAACUCCACCAACAAACCCAAAAAGCCAUAGCAAAGCGGCAACCAGCUCUUACGACAGCUCUUUGCAAGUUCAAUAAGGCAUUUGAAUCACACCAGCACCCGGAGAGAUACCAUGAUGGGAUGGAAGAGCAGAGGUGCCUUGGUGUAGAGGCUAAUAACAUCUGUCAAUGUUUUGGGGAGGAGCUUGCAGCUAUUGAGUUAGCUCCGUUUACACCACUUAGAUCUAUUAUGCUUUACAGAUAUGCGGCUCCAUCUUACAUUGCACCAGAACCAGGAGCACAUGCUGGUAAACCCAUUGGUAUCACUAACAUGCUUCAAGAGCCAGGCAAACAAAGGCAUCAAAUUGGCCAUCAGGCUCUUAGGAGGCUCAACUGCAACCACAGAAUAAUUUUUGCACUUGACCCAGAACAAGUCACCCUGGGCAUAUUGGCUGGAGAUAAUAGAGAGGCAGACAAGGAACAAGACAAUGAAGAAAAUGAAAAUAUAGCUGAUGUGUAG